GAGCAACCGGAGUUGCUUCUGGAGUGAGAGCAUUGGCCGUCUGCAAGGACGUUGCCUAGGGGACGCCCGGAUGUUUUGAUGUUUUAUCAUCCUUGUGGGUGGCUUCUCUCAUGUCCGCGCAUGGAGCUGGAGCUGAUAGAGGGAGCUCAUCCGCACUCUCCCCGGGUGGGAUUCGAACCUGGCAGCUUUCAGCAGAAUAUCCUAUUUCAGCAAAACCUGUGUGGCCUGAAUUCUAAAAGGUUGUAGCCUACACGUGAUUGGGUCCCUAAAGGCGGCUCUGCCCCUUUCCAGGGUCAGAGUGAACAGACAAUGGCAGAUACUGGGGAUGGGAAAAAAGAGGAGGCAGACUAUAAGAGGCUUCACAGCUUCCCCCUAAUCAGGCACACAGAUAUGCCAGAAGAAAUGCGAGUGGAGGCCAUGGAAUUGUGUGUCACAGCUUGUGAGAAAUACGCCACCAACAAUGAGAGUGCGGCCAAGAUGAUCAAAGAGACAAUGGACAAGAAGUAUGGCUCCUCCUGGCAUGUGGUGAUUGGUGAGGGCUUUGGUUUCGAGAUCACCCAUGAGGUGAAGAACCUGCUGUAUAUGUUCUUUGGAGGCAGCCUAGCAGUUUGUGUUUGGAGGUGUUCCUGACAUAUCCUCUCUGUAUCCGAGCUCACCACAUUCAGGAACUUUUUUCCAGGCUUUUCAUUGGUUUUUGUACAAUUUAAAGGGCAGCUUUAUUUUUUAAUAAAAAUAUUGGGCUUUUUCUUAUUUAUAUACCAAUUUUAUCAAAUAUUUAGUAUGUAUAUGUGUGUAUAAAUCAGCUUGAGCUACUUAAUCUAGCUCACAAUGUGUUUGAUUCUGACUUUACCAAUGUGGCUUUUUUGCUUGGAGGUGGACCGCACAAAAGAGAUCAGGAGUUUAUUAAGCCAUACAGUACAGGUGGUAUGUGAGAGAAGGGUUUGAAUCCAAACCGCCUGCUGUUUCUUCUUGCUACCCUCCCACUUUUUGGGAGGAGAUCGGAAUAAGGCAGCUGAUUCCUCUCUGCCUGCAUGACAGCUGUCUGGUUGUGAGAAGUGUCUGUACCAGCUUGGAAAACCUGACCCAGUGGAUGGUUGCUAGGAGAAUUGCCCUUCCACCUCCUCACUACACCUACAGAGCACUGAUAUAGCUACUUAAGCGUAUGGCACACAAAUAAAAUUAUUUUGCAUAGCAUGUGGGAUGGGUGGGAGUGUCACGAUGCCGAUAUGUUCUGCAGAAACUGGUCCUGUGGGAAGAAGCUUUAUAAAAUGCCAGUUUCUCAAACUUUUGAGUACAGUUGUACUUCCAUUUUGUAGAGAUUAAUAAUGCCGUCACAAGGGUAUUCAAUUAAUGGAAUGAUCCUAAUUGUAUUUUCUAUAUAGCUUAUUUGAAUUUGAAGUGUGGAAGGGACUUACUUUUUUAUAAUAAAAUGUUUUUUAAAAUGCA